AUUUCGGGACCGAAUAGUAGGCAGAGGAGGCCAAUAUAUAAAGUCGGGCGUUCCCAGUUUUUGGUUUGUUUCCACGCUAUUUCCCGUGCACUCUCUCUACCCGCGCUACGUUACAAUUCUUGUUGAUUCUGUUGCGAUCGAUCAAAUCAAUUGUGACAAUUUGCGUAAAUAACCUCCUGAUCCGAUCCAAAUGGAGAAUCUGAUAGCGUUAGUGAAUAGAUUACAAAAAGCAUGCACAGAGCUCGGUGAUUAUGGCGAAGAGAGCGCUUUGCCUACUCUCUGGGACGCUUUGCCUUCCAUCGCCGUCGUCGGUGGUCAGAGCUCUGGGAAGUCUUCUGUGCUGGAGAGUGUUGUUGGAAAGGAUUUUUUGCCUCGUGGAUCUGGAAUUGUUACCAGGCGUCCCCUUGUCUUGCAGCUUUACCAUAAGGAAGGAAGAGAAUAUGCAAAAUUUGCACACACCAGUCAAACUUUCACGGAUUUUUCUGCUGUGAGGAAGGAGAUUGCUGAUGAGACUGAUCGAGAGACUGGACGAUCUAAAGCUAUUUCUACUAAACCUAUAUAUCUCAGUAUUUACUCUCCAAAUGUUGUGAACUUGACACUAAUUGAUCUUCCUGGGCUUACAAAAGUUGCUGUUGAUGGCCAGUCUGACAGUAUUGUGCAGGAUAUUGAAAAUAUGGUUCGUUCAUAUAUUGAGAAGCCUAACUGUAUAAUCUUGGCUGUUUCUCCUGCCAACCAAGAUCUUGCUACCUCUGAUGCAAUUAAAAUUUCACGAGAAGUAGAUCCCAGAGGGGAGAGGACAUUUGGAGUUUUGACAAAGAUUGACCUCAUGGACAAGGGUACUGAUGCUGUUGAAAUUUUGGAAGGGAAAUCCUAUAGGCUACAAUUUCCAUGGAUUGGUGUUGUAAAUCGGUCUCAAGCCGAUAUAAAUAAAAGUGUGGACAUGAUUGCUGCCCGACGUAAAGAGCGAGAAUAUUUUUCUAAUUCUCCAGAAUACAGUCAUCUUGCUAAGAGGAUGGGCUCUGAACAUCUAGGAAAAGUGCUUUCUAAACAUUUGGAAUCUGUCAUCAAGUCCCGAAUCCCAGGUCUUCAGUCUAUGAUCAAUAAAACCAUCAUAGAUUUGGAAACAGAAUUAAGCCGUAUUGGGAGGCCAAUUGCCACUGAUGCUGGAGGAAAAUUAUACAUGAUCAUGGAAAUCUGCAGAAGCUUUGAUCAAAUAUUUAAAGAACAUCUUGAUGGCAUACGGCCAGGUGGUGAAAAAGUAUAUCAGGUCUUUGAUAAUCAACUUCCAGCCGCAUUGAAAAGGUUACAAUUUGACAAGCAACUAGCUAUGGAAAAUGUGAGAAAGCUGAUCACUGAAGCUGAUGGAUAUCAACCACAUCUGAUAGCUCCUGAACAAGGCUAUCGGCGUCUCAUCGAAUCUACCUUAGUUACCAUCAAAGGGCCUGCUGAAGCAGCUGUUGAUGCGGUUCAUGCUAUUCUGAAGGAUUUGGUUCACAAAUCAGUUACUGAAACUGCGGAGCUGAAGCAGUAUCCAUCGCUUAGAGUGGAAGUUUCAAGUGCUGCUGUUGAAUCACUAGACAGGAUGAAGGCUGAAAGCAGGAAAGCUACUCUACAGCUAGUUGAAAUGGAGUGUAGUUAUCUAACAGUCGAAUUCUUCCGCAAGCUUCCUCAGGAUAUUGAGAAGGGUGGAAAUCCAACCCAUUCGAUCUUUGAUCGGUAUAAUGAUGCAUAUCUUCGUCGAGUCGGAUCAAAUGUUCUGGCGUAUGUCCAUAUGGUGGUUGGAAGCUUGAGGAACUCUAUCCCAAAGUCUGUGGUAUAUUGUCAAGUGCGUGAAGCCAAACGUAGCUUGCUUGAUCAUUUCUUUACCGAUCUAGGGAAAAAGGAGGGGAAGCAGUUGGGUAAAUUGCUGGAUGAGGAUCCGGCAAUAAUGCAGCGGCGCUUAAAUCUUGCCAAGAGGCUGGAGUUAUACAGAACUGCCCAGACUGAGAUUGAAAUGGUUGCCUGGGAGAAGUAGAUGUGUAGAUCCAUUUUCUUCGCAGUCCUCUCUGGUCGUAAUAACAGGAGUUUAGUCAUAGGAAAGGGUUGUAUUCUUGAAAUGUGACUAUAUAUUUUUCUCAUAAACAGGAGCAAAGGGCUGGUAGAUUAUUUGCCCUUUUGUUGUUUCUGUUCAUGUGAUGUAGCUUAGUGUAUCACGGCUAUAUUUUGAUUACAUACAUAUCAGUUUUUGCGACC